AUGACGGCAGGGGUUCGCCAUGCAAUUGGUUUUCCAGCUGCUAGCCGUCUUAACAUUGAAGAGGUCGAUUUCUUGCGAAUUUCGCUCACAAACCUUCGAUUUGCCAUCAUUGCUCAUUCACACCGACCACGCGUACCUACUGCCAUACAAUGGCUUAAAGAUGGCGAAAAUGUGAAGACAUUGAACGGAUUCGAUAAGGAUUACGCUAUCAAUGGACCAUCGCUUACGAUUAUUGGCGGUAAACAGCAAACUGAGGGCGAUUACCAAUGUGUUGCUGUCGUUUCGGAAGUGCGACUUUCUAAUCGACAAGUGAUCACAACCACGUUGGUUUCUGAUCCGAUAAAGCUUCGAAGAGCUCGGAUCACGAAGUUCGAUCAAACCACUAAUCAUUACGUACAUGUGGAACAGGGUCAAGUAGCUCGCCUACCAUGCGCUGGUUUACCCGACGUUGUUCCUGGGCCUGCCGAAAUUUGUUUUGUCAAAAGCGGUUCCGAUUUCGAUGGCUGCUUGAGUGACAAAGUCGACUCCAAUUAUCUUUCAACAGCUACCGGAAUGCAGAUUUCCGUUGUGCAGCCCCAUCAUGCUGGAGAAUACUACUGCGUUGUUCGAAAUGACUAUACCAAACAAACUCGAAAAAGUCCUCGGUAUGUCAAACUCAGAGUAGACCCGUCGAGCAAUGCCUCGCUGUCAGGACAACCUCAACUUCCUCAGCUAGUCUAUCCAAGCAAGGAGAAUCGGCCAGACAAUCCCAUUGUCAUCGAU